UUCAUCGGUGCUAUGUGCUUAGAAACUCGCAGGUGAAUGUGUGUACACGCAGAUGACGAACCACACACAAGCGCUCUGAAAUGGGAUGUUUCAUAGGCUAAAGACUACGACAAACGCCGGGCGGACAGCUGAAUUUGAAGCGGAUUUUUUUUCUAUAUCAAAGGCAUGUCCACUUUUGUGGCCCAUCCCUCGGUUCGUGUCAGAGGAACAGAACACGCAUACACACCUGUGCUGUGUCAAGAUGAGAAGUGUUUAGGGCAGGAGAAAGGAGUGCACAUGCACUGCCCCCUCUGUUCUGUGGCCGAGGCUUACCAAGAUCCCAUCAUCCUGCGAGCUCACUUCCGCAUCAAACACGUGGACAAAGGCAUUGAUUUUGCAGGCUUGAAGGUGCUGCGCUGCUGUAUCCAUUGUGAGAUUGUGGGAACUAUUAAAGGAGAAAAGAGGUUUAAAGGUGCUCAUUGGCACUGUUACCGCUGUAGAAAUGGUUUCAACAGGCGGGACGAGGCCAUCAAACACUACAAAACACACUUCCGAAAUCCCCACACCACAUUUCAGAUCCAAGUCACUCAGAAUGUGAACUGCCGACAGUAUUAUGGGGAGAGCUCAGAGGCUCAUGGUAAAGCAUAUGAAGGGCUGGCAGUGAGUCUUGGACCAGGUGGAGAUGGCACAAGCAUUGGAUCCAUAUUAACUCAGCCCAUCCUGACCACUGGCACUGAAACCCUAUUGACUGUGGAGCCAAAGGAAGAAGGUGAGAGAAAUGGGAUCCGACUUGGUGCUGAGGAGGAGGUGGGGUCUUCCCAGAAUUCAUCUGAUGGGACACAGACUCUUGUUCUUAUGGACCCUGAUGGACAGGGAAACAGUGUGAUCUAUGACAUGGCAACUGGUAUCAUUACUGAACAGGACGCAGAAAGUUUGGAACAGACCCUGCUACAGAAACGACUCCUGGAGCUCCACCAGCAGAUUGACACACUCCGUCAGGAGAAAGAGGAUAUGGAGAAGACACUACAAGCUGAGAUUAAACAGCUCAAAGAACAGGUUGCAAGUCUGGUUCAAUCUAAUGUUAGGAUGUUUGAGGAACUGCAAGCAUAUCAAUGUCCAGAUCACAGCCAGCAGAAGGUGGCCAAGCUUAUGGAAAACCUUGAAGCGCAGCACAAGGAGCUCCUGCAUGCCCAGUUGGCCUCACUCAGGAGAGAGAUCCUGUCGGGAGCAGAUAACAUGCCAAUCAAUGGCCAUAAGGAUGCACUGCAGCUCAAUGUGGUUCUAGAAGAGCCACAAACUGAAGUUAUCAGUGGCACUUUAACAGGACUGGAGGAUUUGGAUGUACAAUUACAAACUGAGCAGCAUGAGGCACUAAGACCCACAGAGCUCGAACUAGUGCAAACCGAUACAAUGCCCUGUUUGGAGAGCCCCGGCUUGGACUUAGAUUUGCCAAAGACUGGCUUGACUACGUCUAAGGUUUUAGAGGAUAAACAGGAAGUGUCAUUGUCCCUUGUGUCGUCUAAGAAGCGCAGCUCAGCGGAUGACUCAGACACAGUUGAAAGCAAAGUACAAAGAGUCAGCUGAGAAUGACUUGACAUUAGAAACACUCGUCUCCAUUCCUUUUUCUCAACGCUUUUAAAAUUUGCUGUUACCUUAGCCACACAUUUCCAGGUCAAAAAUGAUGUCUGUAUUCUGUCAAUUGACAUAA